GAUGAAGCGGAUACACUGUGGCUGGAUUUGAGCAGCCUGGGAUGACUUUUAACACUAUGUGUAAGGACCGGUCACUUUAAAAUAUAGGUAGAGUGCUCUGGUUUUAUUUCUAUUUUUUUUUUUUCCAUAAACAAGGUACUUAUUUCCAGCUCUGCUAUGUAGCUAGCUAGGUGAGGUUGAGUUUUGAUAGUCACUGAUUAACCUUUCUGCCUCUCGGGGGCGGCGGCGGGGGGGGAAAGCAUCUGUAACGUUUAUUAACUUGUCGGAGAUAUUGGUGAUAAUAGUUAGCCGGAGUGUAAGAGCCAAGCUGGUGGUGGCAGCUCGCUCCGAACAUAAUCAGAGCACUUCAUUCAGAGGCGAGUUUCACCAUGACAGAGCGGACUCCUCUCCUCCACUACCGGCUCUCCACCAGCGUCAAUGAGUCCGAGCGGCGGGCACCGCCGGCCGGCCAGGCCCCGGAGCAGCACCCGGGCGGCCCCCGGCAGAAGUCGAGCCAGCAGCGGCAACCCAAGAAACUCUCCAUCUUCUUCGGUGUGGUGAUCCCGACCCUGCUGUCAAUGUUCAGCGUGGUAUUGUUUCUGAGAAUAGGAUUCGUAGUUGGCCAUGCUGGACUGUACCAAGGUAUAUUCAUGUUCCUGGUGGCCUACUUCAUCAUCUGUAUGACUGUGCUGUCAGUCUGCGCCAUCUCCACCAAUGGAGCCCUGGAUGCUGGGGGAGCCUACUACAUGAUCAGCCGGGCGUUGGGUCCAGAGUUCGGCGGCAGUAUUGGCAUCAUGUUCUUCCUGGCUAAUGUGUGCGGCAGCGCUCUCUACGUGCUGGGACUGGUUGAAGCCAUUGUGGCCACCUUCGGAGUGCCAGAAGACGGGACCCUGGCCACUUCUCCUUACCAAGUUCUGCCGUCAGGUUACUGGUGGUCUCUGCUCUACGGCACAGGCGUCGCCCUGCUCUGUCUGCUGGUGUGCAUGGUGGGAGCCCACAUCUAUGCCAAGGCCACUUUUCUCAUCUUUCUGGUGGUCAUGUUCGUCCUGGGCACCAUCUUCGUCAGCUUCUUUGCCGUCGGCCCUCGGACCAUCACCCUGCCCCGUUUUUCCUCAUCCACCCCUAUUACCAACACAACCAUGCCCACGUUUCCCACCACGGCAAACUUUACCGGCUUCAAGUUGGACACGUUGCUGGGGAACCUAUGGGCCGACUACACGAAGGAUUACACAACAGACACCAUGAUGACCUUCGCCACUGUUUUCGCUGUCAUGUUUAACGGCUGCACCGGCAUCAUGGCUGGUUCUAACAUGUCAGGCGACUUGAAGAAUCCCAGCUACUCCAUCCCCCGCGGUACCAUCACUGCCGUCAUCUUCACCUUCAUCAUCUACAACCUGCUCAGCGUGCUGGUGGCCUGCUCCUGUGACCGCGUGCUGCUUCAGAGGGAUUACAGCUUCCUCAGAGACAUCAACAUCUGGAGACCCUUCGUCACCAUCGGGGUUUAUUCCUCCACACUCUCCGCCGCCAUGAGCAACCUCAUCGGAGCCUCACGCAUCCUCUACGCCCUGGCCAGGGAUGACUUGUUUGGUAAGGCGUUGUCUAUUGCUAAGAAGACCUCCCAAGGUGGUAACCCCUGGGUCUCUGUGAUUAUCUCCUGGUUCCUGGUGCAGCUGGUGCUGUUUUCAGGGAAGCUCAACACCAUCGCCAGUAUUGUAACCAUUUUCUUCCUAUUGGUGUACGCGGCUGUGGACUUGGCGUGCCUUGCUUUGGAAUGGGCCUCUGCACCUAAUUUCAGGCCCACCUUUCGGUACUUCACCUGGCACACAUGUGUUUUGGGCAUCGUGGGCUGCGCUGUCAUGAUGUUCCUCAUCAACGCAAUCUACGCCUCAGCCAGCAUCGCCUUCAUGCUGCUGCUGCUUCUGCUGAUUCACUACCUCAGUCCCACCUCCAGCUGGGGCUACAUCAGCCAGGCUCUCAUUUUCCACCAGGUGCGUAAGUACUUGCUGAUGCUGGACGUGAGGAAGGACCACGUCAAGUUCUGGAGGCCUCAGGUCCUGCUGAUGGUUUCCAACCCUCGCAGCAGCGUGGGUCUCAUCACCUUCAUCAACGACAUCAAGAAGAGCGGCCUCUACGUGUUGGGACACGUCCAGCUGGGAGAUCUCAACACUUUACCAUCAGACCCUCUGCAAUCCCAGUACGACUCCUGGUUGUCUCUGGUGGACCAUCUGAACAUCAAAUCCUUUGUGAACCUGACCUUGGCUGAUUCUGUACGUCACGGUAUCCAGCAUCUCCUGUUCAUCUCCGGACUAGGUGGGAUGCGUCCCAACACCCUUGUCCUGGGUUUCUAUGACGACUGUCUUCCGAAGGACAAGCUGAUCGAUCCGUCGCUCUGUACCAGUCAGUCCACAGAUCCCUCGUGCCUCUCUCAGGAGGUUGAGCAACAAACCCCGCUCUUCCACUUUGCCUCCCUGCGGGGCUCCAGCGACAGAAAGGAUUAUGGGGAAUCUGGAGACGGGAAGUUUCUGGGUCCUCAGGAAUACGUAGCAAUCAUUGCGGACGCCAUGAAGAUGCUUAAAAAUGUGGUACUGGCCCGUUACUUCAACAACUUUGACCGAGCCCAGGUCCUUUCACCGCCCUCCUCCUCUCCGGGGAAGGGAGCUGUGUACGUUGACGUCUGGCCAGUCAACCUCCUGCGUCCAGACAGCUCUAGCUACGUCGAUACCUGCUCUCUGUUCCUGCUACAGCUGGCGUGUAUCCUCAACAUGGUCCGAGCGUGGCGCAAAGCUACUCUGCGUCUCUUCCUUUGCGUGGAGGAAGGACGUAGCGUGAGGGGCUCAGAGGAGAAGCUGGGGCAGCUGUUGAAAGAGUUGAGAAUCAAAGCUCAGGUCUACACUGUGCCGUGGGACCAGCAGGUGGCGCUACAUUGGCAGCGUCAAGGUGAGUGGAGCAAGAAACGGUCCUCACAGUCCCUCGAUACCGCCAGUGAAGAGAAGAAGCCGAGAACAGAGGAGGAGGACGAAGACGAUUAUGUCAAUAGCUUCCCAAGCAACACCACACGCCUGUCCGAUGACUACGUGUCAGCUGUCAAUAAGCUGAUCCUGGAGCAGGCCCGGCCACCCCCUGCUGUGCGUUUCUUAUACUUGCCCCGCCCCCCAGCUGACACCCAGCGCUACACCACCUACUUACACCAGCUGGAUCUGCUGACACAGGACCUGGGCCCCACGCUGCUCAUCCACGGUGUCACACCUGUCAUCACCACCGACCUUUGAACACUUUUAAUGAGGUGUGCCUUAUAUGCUGAGGGCUGGCGAGUUUUGCAGUCUCUCCACCAGCUGCUGAUGUUGUGUGGAGCACUUUAAAAGCAGCAUCACCGCAGACCUCAGCAGUUCUGAUCCGGUGCUUUACCCCCUUGUCACACCUGACUCGCAGAUCCCAUCUGCACUACCUUGCACAAUAUGGACCAAUGUAAAAACAACGUCCAACCAGAAACACAGCCUAUUUUAAGAAUAGUUCAAAUGAAGACCAAAUAUCAUACUGUAUAUUUUGGCUACUUAGAGAUAAAAAGAAAAUCCUAUUUCCAACGAGCACCUGAAGGCACCAUAAUGUAAUUUGUUCAGUCAACUUUAAGCAUGACGCAAUGAGACUGAUUGAAUGUACCAAAGUAAAGUUAGCAGGGGGGAAAAUCUCCACUCAUUUAAAUCACCAACCACCCCUGUCACUCCAUCAACUAGUUCUUCACCCUGACGGUACAGAGAGCAGUCUAAUUGUCCUCUGACUCUCCUUGUUCAUUCCCUCAAUGUUAUUUCAUUUUUUUCAGUGCGCCGCUGCUGCUGCCACUGCCCACACUCCCUAAAAUCACCAUUCCAUAUGCCUUCAGAUCAAAAAGUGCCUUACUAGUCUGGGAGCUUAAGUUUGGAAUCAGUCCACCGCAGACAGAAAGUUGGAAUGCAUUACACCUCCGAGCAGCAACUUUCAGGAAAUCUGCUUUUCCACUUUAGAGGUUAAAACAAAGAACACAAUUGAACAGAAAUAGCCACGGUGCUUCUAUAGAAGUCUUAAAGAUUCGUUCCAAAAAUCCUUGUAUGUUGCAUCUCAGGAAGACAUUCCUCUCCUUUUUUUUUCUUCCCAAAUGCACUUUUGUUCUUCCUCUGCCAAACUGCAUGUUGUGCAAUUCUCCAAAACGACCUUAAAAUGUUUACAGCACCAAUAACUACUGUGAUUAGCCACAAUAUUACAUUGAUUUAUUGUUUUAAUGUAUUUUAGGUACUUUCUAACUUUUAGGAUUGUUUUUACUCAUUAGUGACCGUGUUGCUUGACCAGCCUGGAUACUGACGUGCUUAAAUGAGUUUUAAUAUCUGCUACAGCUUUGACUUUUACCACAGAAUUUAUUGUAUUUAAGCAAUAUCAUCCCGAUGUUACCAACUGCAGUAUACUCUGACGUAGUAUUUCCAGUCCCUGACACAUUCAUAAUGUUAUCGGUACGUCAGUUACAGGCUUAUUUUAUUGUCUGAAGGCUUGGGAUCCUUGAAUUUUGAGUCUUUGAAGCCACUACAGAUAAAAUACGUAUUUAAUUUAGAUUAGAGAUUCAUUUUGACAAUCUUCCUCACAUUGAUUGACACAUCUGUAGAGUCCAAGGCUGGUUUAUUUUUGAAUUUAGACCAUCCUGGACAUCCUAGCGUUCUGAAAUUAGAUCUAUGUUUACUCGACUGCCAAUCGGAUCUGUCCUAUUUCCACGGGCGGGUCCUCGUUUGGACACUACACUCCUCAACACACUAUUGACACUACAUUUCUUCAAAUCUUUGUCCUGAGGAGUGCAAAAAAUUUCGCAGGACAUUCAUUUAUUGAAGAGAUGAAAUGUUCGGUGUUUGAAUUACUGUUGAAAUCUGAAAAUAUAUAUAUAAGAUAUAAGAUGUAAACUGAAGCAACAGAAAAAAAUAAAAGGUUUGUAUUAUG